AGUUUGAUUCUAACUUUCAUGCACUGUUACAAGAUAUUUCUGUGAACGAAGACCUCGUUGGAGGCGAUAACUGAAUUUCGUUUUUAUACUCUUUCAAAUUUUUUUUUCUUUCUCGCCAUAUUAGUGUAUUGACGCAUGAAAAAAUGACCGUCAUUUGGGGAAUUUUCUUUCUUGGUUUGGUCGAGAUUAUGGUCGAUCCCGCUGGGGCUUUUUUGUCGAAUAUUCACGAGCAGAUGAGUUCCGCUGAAAUUUUCGAGACUUUUGGUACUGCGGCCGAUUCGAUUCCAGACUACGAAGUAUUCCCAAUCACGUUGCCUGAGUUGAGACGAAGACGGAAUGCUGACAACGAGAUCAAAAUGUCACUCACUUUGAACGGUACCAAAGUUGCCUUGAAAUUCAAACCGAGCGGGGGGUACUUGGCGAGCAAAUACACACCCGUAUUGUCGGCGAUUACGGACGAAAAAGCCUACCACGGUAUCCGCUACGAGCCUCUACCGAAUGCACUAACGGACAUCGGCGAGUUUGGAAUGUACCAUGAUCACGCAAAUCAGGCAGCUAUAGUCGUUUACAUGGACCCAAAAGUUGGACCCGAGUUCGAGGGAGUAGUGGGUCCAAAUUUCGCAAUAAAAUCUUUACCCAAGAGGUUGAAGACGGAACAGCUCCAGAUUGGCGUUGUGCAUACGCCAAAAUACAAGAGGUCCAUUGAGGAUGUGAAUGCUGAUGAGACGAGUUACUUUGCGGUUUUCAAAGUCGAAUCCCCUUCGAAAUAUGUCAAGAGGGGCAUUGCUGAUGAUCCGAUGGAGCUCUACAGAGUUAAAAGGAGACUUGGUCAGCGAAGGAAAGAGCUUCCGACAGUCGUUUACCCUGAAAUUUUGCUUAUCCUUGAUCAUAACGCAAUUAGAAAUCGUAGCAUCACUCAGACACUCAGAUUUAUUUUGGCUUUUUGGAACGCAGCUGAUAUGGUUUAUGCAGAAUUGACUCAGCCAAAAGUGCGCCUUAACAUAGCCGGCAUCAUCAUUGGUGCUGAUGACACAGCGACACCUUAUAUCUCCGAGGAUGCGUCGGAAAAUUUCAUUCCUAAUGUAAACGAUAUAUUGAACAGGACAGGAACUUACUUUUACAACGAGCAAGUGAGGUUUCCUUUCAAACACUAUGACAUCGUUAUGGGAAUGACGACAGCAAAUUUAUGUGCCGAGAAGACUGAUCCGUGUCAAGGUGUUCUAGGUGUUGCCGUAUUGAACGCUGCUUGUCGUCAAGAAACCCAACGCCCUAGACAGCACAAAGCCAUAAGGUCUACGGGAGUUUUACAUUACAAAUGGAAUUACGCUGGUGUUACGACUGCCGUUCAUGAAGCAGCCCACUUAUUUGGCGUUCAUCAUGAUGAGGGCUAUGAAUAUGGUGGUAGAAAUGAGUGUGAUAUGGAAGAAGGUUAUGCAAUGACCCCAGCCGCACAGCUCACUCAACACGGUUUCAAGUGGUCUAAAUGCAGCAAGAGAUAUUUCCAAGAAUAUUUCAGAUCCAGAGAAUCGGAAUGUUUGGACAACGUACCACUUUGGGCUCGCACCAAAGGCGAAGUUUUACCAGGUAGAUGGUUGACGUUGGCUGGCCAAUGCAGAAAUUCUGGUAUGGAGAGCGGAUGCAAGGUUCCCAACUUGCCAUUUUGUUUUGUAAAAGGUUGUAAAGCCGCAAACUCCGAGGAAUGUGUCGCCGACGCAUGGCAGACUUUGCCUGGUACCGAAUGCGGAGAGGGCAAGAUAUGCGACGCGAACCGAGCUUGUGUAAAAGAGAGAAAAGACUGACGUGACGCAUUCAUCGCUCUAACAAUGAUAAAAGCUCUUUUUUCAAUAUCAUCAUUCGUUGUUUUUGGAAUAUUAAACAGUUGAUUGCACAAGUCCACGCAAGAAUUAUCUGCCGGUGAAAAAAAAAUCCAAUAAAAUAGCAUUUUCAUCGUA